GCUACAUGCAUGUGCAAGAUUCAUGUCACCCACUUCAUUGUUCAAUUUAUGAAAAGUAAAAUUUCCCAUAUACAGUGUUGGAAACAUUUGACACUUGCACUCAAUGUUGAUGGAGUUAUAAUGAAUUAAAAGGGAGAUGCAGAUUAUUUCUCUUAAAAAUCCAUGUGAAGUUCCUGCUUAUAAUUUGGUGACUCAUGUUUUUUUGCUGCAUGGGUAGUCUGAGAAGCUUUUUCCUAUUCAGUGGGUACCAUAGGGCAUGGGCACUGAAAAAAUGGUUUCUGAAUCAUAAGAAUAGGGGGUUGGGCGAGUAUUUGUGGUUGACCGCACUUGGAAAUAUAUUCUUUGGUUUGGAACUUAUGUUUUGCUUCUGCUGGCAGGUGAGAGUAAAUGCUCUUUUAUGUUUGAGUGAUAUGGUUCACAUACUUGACAAGCAUGCUGUAAUGGAUAUUUUGCAAACGAUCCAAAGGUGCACAACUGUUGAUCACUCUGCUCCAACUCUUAUGUGUACCCUUGGAGUUGCCAACUCGAUUUCAAAACAGUAUGGAAUAGAAUUUACUGUGGAGCAUGUUCUUCCACUACUCCUGCCUCUUCUCAUUGCCCAACAAUUGAAUGUUCAGCAGUUUGCAAAGUAUAUGCUGUUUGUUAAGGAUAUCCUCAGGAAGAUAGAAGAAAAACGUGGCGUAACUCUGACUGAUUCUGGAGUUCCAGAGGUAAGACCAUCUCCUGCUUCUGAUGGAUGUCAGUCAGAACUAGUAACAAAAACUGUUGCGAGUGCUUCACCUACUACAAGGGGUGGUGCAUGGGAUGAAGAUUGGAUUCCCACAAGGGGACCUGCCACAACCCUCCUGUCUUCCAUGACAAGCACGUCAUCCAUCCAGUCUGCAGUAGCCAAUCAGUCCAUUCAUGUUUCUUCUACAAACUCACAGUCCUCAACAACUGCAGCAUCUAGUCAGCAAAUUCCAUUGUCAUGCCCUGCAGUUGAUGUAGAGUGGCCUCCACGGUCGUCUUGUGGUGGUACAACUGCAUUAGGUGAUCAUCAGAAGCUAGAUCAAAACAGAGGUGCAACCAAUGCAAAUUUUGAAGAUAUUGAUCCUUUUGCUGAUUGGCCUCCACGGCCUAAUGGCUCUUCAAAUGCUACUGGAUCUGCCAUCAAUAGUACAAUAGCACCGUCUGCUAAGAAAUAUGGGUCCAGCUUAAAUGCAAGUAACCUAAAUGGUCUAAAUUUUCCAGCCAACAGCAAUACUACUUGGGCCUUCAGCCAAAAUUCUGUUGAGCCAUUGAAGCAGAAUCAAGAGAAUUCAACAUUUGAUAUUGGUAUUCUUACUAGCGGAGGAAUCAAACCUCACAACUCUCUUGGAUCGUUGAAACAACAAAGUCAUGGGAUUUCAGGUUUGAGUGGCUCCACAGAGAAAGCUAGAGAUCUUGGAUCUAUAUUUGGUUCUACCAAGGCUGAGCAGACUGCACCCAGACUUGCCCCGCCACCAUUGACUGCCGUGGGUAGAGGGAGAGGAAGAGGCAGAGGAAAUCAAGAGCAACGUGGGGCUACUUCAGUGUUACGAUCCAGCAAUACCAAACCACCAUUGGAGCAGCCGCCAUUAAUGGAUCUGUUGUAG